GUUACACUUCUGAGAUGCAAAAAGGACAAAAUAAAGCACAAUUUAAGUAUAAUAACAGUAUGAGACCAAAAAGUCACUAUUGAUUGAUAAACUUCUUGAAGUUGUACAGAAACCUGUUACAAUCUAUAGAAACCCUGAGCUGCUAACUGUGCCUUAUUCCUCAUAAUUGCAACUUUUAUUAUUUAAGUUAUUUAAUUUAAAAAAGCAAAAAUGCACCCAAACAGAAACUCCAAAAAAUCCUCUGCAGAUAUCAAUAGCGGUGUGUAGAAAUGUAUACUGUUGUUUAAAAUGAAUUCAGGUCAGUGUAAAGAGUUCAGAGUCCUGCUGCUGUCCUCACUUGUGCAGAUUAGUUUAAUAAAAUAUAUGAAUAGCAAUAGUUUUCAGCUACUAUCAGGGUUAUGUAAUGUCAGAUUCUGUCUACAGGUCAUCAAAAUCACAGCCAGAUUUUAGGGACUGAAUCUGAAUUUAAAGGUGAGCAAUCUAUUCUAUCUACCAAAAUAUAAUCCACAUUCAUAUGUCUCUCUAUUUUUCAUAGUUUUGUCCUUGCAUCAGUUAUAAGAUCAGCAUAUGAGUAUUUUCUGCAAGUUCAUCUUGACACCCCCUCAUUAUGUUUGUCUCAAUGUCCUUGUUUAGUCAAAACUAAUUUAGCUGAGUCUGGAUCUUAAGCUAUAGAUUGAGCAAGAUUGGGAAACUGCACAUGGUGCAUUAUGCAAUAUUUAUUGAUACUGUGAGACGAAUAGCAUAGAACAAUUAUAAACCAUUACUUUUUUUUUUUUUUGCGCAUACAUGCUACAGACUGUAUAAGUGUGCAGGCCAAAUUUAUAUUUAAUGUAUUUAAUAUCUCCUAAUGUUUACAGCUGUCAGUUAUCAGUGCUAUCAGUCUCUCUCUUUCUUUUUUUUUUUGAAAAUCAAUGUCAAACUCUAUUAGCUUUGUUCUGUCAUAGUGUUUGUUUGAACUUUGGAGUCAGGGCAGAAAUUUUAGCACAUAAGUUUGGUUUGCUAUAAAUGUCCUGGUCAGAAAUCUGAAAACUGAAUCAACUGACGCCUGUACUGAAGCAUCAUGGGCGACAAUAAGCUCCGUCUUUUGCUGCUUUUGAGCACCAUCGCCUUCUCCAUAGCGCAGGAUGAAGGACCACCAUGCUCGAUGGCCAAAAGAUACAAACCCUUCAACAAGUAUGAAUACUUCUAUAAGACAGAGUCCUUGAACGCUUUGAAUGAGGCAGUCAAUGGCCCCGAGGCCAGCUGCAAGGUUGAGAUUGCAGUUCCUGGUACAUGCAGCUACAUCUUGCGCACCACCGACUGCAAGCUGAGAGAAGCGAUUGGCGUCGAUGCAGACGGAAACCCAGUGUUUGGAGCAGCUGCUGGCACUGAGGACUUUAAAACCGCCAUGGAGAAAUAUCCUCUGAAGUUCACCGUUGAGGGAGAUGAUGACAUCAAGCUUUUCCCCGAGGAGGAUGAGCUAAUAAACAUCCUCAACAUCAAGAGAGGAAUCAUCUCUGCUCUUGCUGUCCCUGUGCUUGAGGAGGACAGGAACAAAGAGAUGCCCACCAUCUACGGCCUGUGCAAGACUGACUACGUCAUGAAAACCAGAGAAGACAUCGACACUGAAGUCACCCUAAACAGAGACCUGUCCAAAUGUGACAAGUUCAGACCAAUCAAGGACCACACCAGUCCCUUGGCCCUCAUCACUGGCAUGCACCAUCCUCUUGCUCAGCUGAUCUGGAGCAACCAGACCUGCAACUACAAGUUUGACAAUGAGCAGCACCACAUGACCUCUGGAAGUUGCACUGAAAAACAUGUUCUUGUGCCUUUCUCAUACAAGGGAAGAUAUGGAGUGACCAAUACUGGUAAACAGGCCUUGAACCUUUUAGGAGUUGCUGAGUACAACGACAGAGUCUUUGACCACAAUGUGGCCAACAUGAAACCCCUCCAUCUUGACCGCAGUGUUGACAUGAGCCCCAUCCAGGAUAAAGAUGCUGCUCUUGCUGUUUUGAGGGAACUUUCUGGCCUUUCCAAGACCAACGAUGGACGCAAGAGAGCCCACUUGGCCCACAAGCUUGUAGCUGUUAUCCGCAAGAUGGAAGCUGAAACUUUGGCAGCCGCUGUUCCCGAGGCCCUGGAGAUCUCUCGGUCUUUGACGUACCAGGCUUUGCUACAAUGCGGCACCCCAGAAUGCAGCAGUGCUAUCAUGCAGAUUUUCAGGACCUUUGACAGGUCCUCAGUUGAGAUUGACGCUGCUGUAUAUGGCAUGGGAAUGAUACCCCAUUCCUCCCGAGUCCUUGUGAAGGAAAUGCUGGCGAUGGCAAAGUUCAAGCCGACCAAACCCAUCUACUAUGCUCUCAGCAAUGCUGUGAGAAGGCUUUAUGAGACCGAUGGAGUCACCAAUGAGAUCCAAGCAGUGGCUGAUUAUGCCCUUGAACAGAUUGGUGAUUGCACUGGUGACCAGAACAUCUUUCUUUCUCUAAGGGUCACUGGCAACAUGGUGGUUGCACUGGGAGCUGCGCACCCUGCUUUGCAUUCUGCUGUUAUUCAAUGCAUCAACCAGCCAACUGCCUCCCCUUCAGUUCAGCAUGCUGCCAUCCAGGUCUACAGACAGAUUCUUGUACCUGAGGAGGGUCGUGAGGUGCUCAUGCAUGCUGUUCUGGACAGAGCUGCAUCUGUACAGAAGCGUGUUGCCGCGUACCUCAUCUUGAUGAAGAACCCUACACCUGCUGAACUUGCUCAAUUGGCAGCAGCUGUCCAUGUUGAGGAAAACCGUCAGGCCAAGAGCUUCAUUAUCUCUCAUAUCACCAACAUCCUGAGCUCUACAGCACCAGAGACUCUGGACUUGAGGUGGAAGGUUCGAGAGGCCUUUCAAGGUAAUGAAAUUGGCAUGAUCAUGGAACCCAUCAAACUCUCUCGAUACUAUAGACUUGGAUCUUUAGAGGGAAACAUGAUCUUUGAAUCUCCCAACGAACUGCCAAGGGAGGUCAUGCUGGAGAUGACCUUGAAUGCUUUUGGAUUUGAAAUGGACUUCAUUGAGAUUGGCAUGGAGGGUAAGGGCUUUGACCCUAUUGUGGAGGCCAUCUUUGGUGAUGAUGGAUUCUUCCCAGACACUGUCAUGAAGACCACUUUAUAUGCUACCGACAAUAUGCCCGCCCAACUCAGUGAGGUCUUGGACAACAUGCUGCCAAUCAUGAGGAAUGAAAGGAAAAAGAGACAGGCUACUCAAAACAUAGUCAAAGAAAUCUGUGAUAACGUCAACAAGCUUAUUGAGGACUUAAAGGCCCAGGAUACCCCUGAAGCGAUGGUGUACCUCAAGCUUCUGGGUGCUGAACUUGGCUAUCUUGAUGCAAAAGACGGCAAGAUGAUUCACGAGCUCCUUAAGAUGAUCCCCACUGACUUUGUUAAAAGACUGUUCUCAAGUGUCGACAAUGAGCUUUUCCUUCACUACAUCUUCAUGGAUACUGAGUUCUAUCUGCCCACCGGUGCUGGCUUUCCUUUGAGAGUUGCUCUGUCUGGUACCUUUACACCUGGAAUCAAAGGAGGAUUGAGCUUCAAUCCAGGCAUGAAGGAAUUUGCUUUCGCACUGUCUUCUGGCAUUGAGUUUGUGACUGAGAUUGGGACUCACUUCCCAGACUAUGUUCUCUCCGGUCUGGAGAUGCACACCAAUAUCUAUCAUGAAAGCGGCCUCAGAGCGAAGCUCUCUGUGACCAACAACCAGCUCAAGCUUUCCAUUCCAGCUCCUCGUGAGCCAACUGAGCUCAUCAGUGUGACCAGUUCUCUGGUGUCUGUUGUUGGUGCCAAAAUUUUGCCCAUUCAUGCCAACGGCGAGUAUAUUAAGGAGGAAUUAUGUGCUCCUGUUUUCCCUGGAUGGAAGCACUGUACAGUCUUUAAGUAUCCUGAUGAUGCUUCCCAUUAUUUUCCUCUCAAUAGCGAUACCAAAUUUACUGUUACGCUCUACCCAUCGGUAGAGGUCACAGAGUAUACUGCCACCAUCGACUACGCCUAUGAGGACGAUUCAGACAAAGUCACAUUUAGCAUAAAGACUGAAGGAACACCCUUUGAGGCCACAAAUACAGUGAUGUUAAACAGAAAGCAACAAACUGUAUCAUCGGAGUUGCUCAUUGCCCCUCUUCAGAUUUAUUCUAAAUUUUCUGCAAAACUAAAGCGUGAUGAGAAGUUGACGUUGGAACUUGAGAGUGACCUAAAACUCCCGGAGACGACUUCUGUUCAAACACUCAUCCUGAAAUUGGAGAAUGAGAAGAUUGAGGCUGGAUUAAAGUCUCAUGUCAAUUCUGAGAUUCAAAGAAUCAUUCCCAAUAUCGAUGUCAUUGAAACCAUUGUCAAUAGCCUUCUUGAUGGCCAGAUUGCCCAGAAUGAAAUGAAGGUCCUUGAUAUCCUUGCAAAGUCAGCUGCGUAUUUGGGAGUUCCUGCCGUGCCUGUGUUCGCUAUUCCUGAAAGACUGUUCCUGAAUGUAGAGGUUGCUGCUAAAUAUCUCUUUGGCCAUCCUUACUAUACCAUCACUCUUCCCUUGCCCUUGGGUGGAAAAUCAACUAGAGAUCUAAACUUUCCGACAACCCUCUCCACACCAAACCUGAUUAUACCUCAUCUUGAUCUGGAAUUUGAAGCUACUACCAUUAAUCUUCCAGAGGUCUCCAUUCCUGUGAGCAUGUCGCUGUCUGUGCCAACUCUUGAGAUGGCAGAAAUGUCUGGAAAACUAAACAGCAACUUCUACAACUUAGAAGCAGCUGUGUCUGCUGCCAGAGAUCCUUCUGCAGACCUACGUUAUUCUGCUAAGGUUGAAUUCACCGGAACAAGUCCUGCUGACCUCCUAUCCCUAAAGGUUGAAGGAUCUGCUCUUGUUGAGCCCACACCUGGCAAUUCUCUCAUGACAAAAGUAAAAACAGUGGUUCACCACAAGAUUACUGAUAUCACCAUCAGCAUUGAAGAGGAAGUAAAGCUUGCUGAAAAACUCAGUGUGAAAUCCAAAAGCAAGCUUGACGUAAUUAGCCAUUUUGGAGUGCACAUUUCGCUGGAGCAUAAUGGAACUUUUGAAGUUGAUGAAGAGGAGAUUUCUGGAGAUGGAAACCUGGAAGGAUCCUUCGAGUCUGGUUUAGUCAAUGGUUCAGGAAUCCUUACGCAGUCAGUCUCUCUACUCCCAUCCAGACAAGAGGCAAAGAUUGAUUCUUCACUGGAAGUAGACUCAACACUUCUUCAAGCUCGAAACUCCUUUGCUUUAGCUUUUGCCAAUGGAGGACUGAUAAUUCUAUCCAACACUGCAGCAUUUGAUGACCGUCUAACAAACACUGCUAAUUUCACCUUCAAGGAAUUUCAGCUUGCUCUAAAUUCUCAAACAAAAACACAGGCUUUUGGCCUGAGGAUCCAAAACAUGGCUGAGACCAGAGCUGGCGUUGAAGCAGUCAGUGUUAAGAUUGAGACCUCUACUGACAACUCUGAAGAACAUAGCCAUUACCUGGUCGCAGGAGUAUUGGACAUCAAUGGUCUAGCUAUUCACAGUGAUACCUCUGCUAAACUCAUGGGACAUACAGUUGCCUACAAAGCCAAUCUGAAGCUCAAUAUGGAUGGCCUGACCACUAGUGGCACAACGUCACUGCAAAACACCUUUACUAUGGAGAAGCUUAAGCAGACCUUUGAGAUCAACUACAAAAAUCUAACUGGCAUUGCUAAGUGCAAAACAAAUGGAAAUGUUAUGGGCACACGCAUUAACCACAACACUGAACUGGAGAUGGCUGGACUUUCUGGCAGAAUCAAGAAUCAUGUACGUUUCAACUCCAUGGUGUUUAAUGUUGAAUCCAGCACUUACGGUACAACUAUUCCAUUCCGUUUCAAUUUUGAUGCCUCUGCUAAUGGUGAUAAUGACAUAUACCUGUAUGGACACUGUAAUUCACAGUUUAAUGCAAAAGUCCUCCUGAAAGUAGAACCACAAUCCAUUGCUCAUUCUCAUGAAUUCAAGAUCUCAACGCUCCUUGACAUAGACCGUGUCAACAUCAAAUCACAUUUUGAGAGCAAGUCUGACACUCUGCUGAUCCCAUCUGAGCAAAAGACUAAAGUAACUGUUAAGGCUGAAGUGAACAACCAUGCCAUCAAUCAGGAAAUCAGCGGUUACAAUACUCCAGCACAGUUUGGGCUGGAAGGGUCUGGAACAGUGCACACCAAUUUGUUCAACACUGCCAAUACUUCUUACCAGGACUUUGCAGUCUUUGGCUUCCUAAAGUAUGGUAAAAGCAAUGACAUUCAUUUAAUUAGCUUGCCUUUCAUUGAUGGUUUGCUUCUAGUUCCUGACAUCAUCAGAAUAACACUUGCAAGCAUGGGCGAGAGCCUGAGGAAUUACAUCAACAGAGAAGGGAUUGCUUCCAAAUUUCAAAACUUAUCUCAGCAUGUUAGUGACUUUGUGUCUAAUUUGAACUUUGAGAGAAGAGUUGUGCAGCUGAAACGUACCUUGACAUCUCUAUCCCAGGAGUUUGCAUUAAACCUGGAAAAUCUGGUGGCCUCUCGGAUCGGUGCAUUUGCGAAACUAGUGAGUGAUAUAGGCAACCGUUUCGGUGAGGCAUUGGAAUUGACUGUGAAGGGUAUGCUGGUUGGAACUGUAGUACCAAAGCACAUUAGUACUUUGAUAUUUUCCAUCAUUGAGGAUGUUAAAAUAUUUCUUAGCUCAAUCACCACCCAAAGUUACACAAAGCUGAAUGAGAUCUUCCGUCCUGCCAAUGCUGAGAACCACAAACUUGACAGUCCUCUUCAGAUUCCUUCAGUUUCAACAGCUCUUCUAGUGCCAUCUUUUGGAAAGCUGUAUGGUGAGGUCAGAUUCAUCAGCCCUGUAUACAACGUCAGAACCUCUGCAGAGUUCAAGAACGCCUCGGAGAGACACCCUCUGUUCACGGCUUUUAUUUACUCUAAAGGAACCUCUCCGAAACAUAGCAUUCUGAAUUACAAUCUAAAUUCCACUGCACAGAUAUCUAUGCCUGAGAUGAGUCCUGUAAUAGUGUCUGAAACUCUCAAGUUAACACACGUUUAUUUGACUUUAGACCAACAGGCAUCAUCGACUCUGAAUGGAUCUGCCUCAAACAAUGCUAAUUCUUCAUCAUUCUCUCUUGAUACAUCAUACAACCACCAAGUGAACAUCCCCUCACAGUCUUUGUCUGGUGAAGUCACCCUGAUUCAGAAGGCUAUAGCUUUCCAGGAUGGUGCUGCAAUCACCCUGACAGUUAAAAAUGAAGGAUCUGGCAAAUUUUCUCUUGAAGACUUUUCUGAGGAAGGCACCCAUAAGAGUGACCUGCAUUUUAACAUGGGCCUUAGCACCGCCAAGCUGACUUUCACAGGCCGCUCUGACGGUACACAUUUGCAGAUGAAGAUGAAGGUGAACGCUGAUGCUGUUGCUCUAAGCCACCUUGAAUUCAAUGCUCGUGUUGAAACAAAGUCGCCAUUUAUCAAGAACAGUUUGCUGUUUGCUUCUGGAAAGGCUCGCUUCAGUGAUUUGAAUGUGGAAAUCAAGGCAACCCAUGACACUGAGCUUGUUGGACCUGUCAGCGGUGUCCUCUCUAACACUGCAAACAUCAUGACUUGUCCUUGGGAGGUUGAUAUUCAUUUUCAGAACAAAGGUAAUGCCAAGAUCAACCUCUUUGAGUCUUCUGUUGAUCUCCAGAAUGACUACACUUUUAUCGCCAACCCUGACUUACAAGAAUUUAGCACUGUGGCAGUUGCCUCUUUCAACCAUUUCAACUACAGCCAUAACUUCACAGCCAACAAUAACAAAGCAGAGAUGGGUAUUUACACUGCUCUGAAUAGUGUGGCCAGCUCUGGGUUCUUGAAUAUUGCAGAAAUGUUUGUGCCAGCCAUUUUCAAGAUUCCAGAAGUCAAAAAGCUGAAACUGAAUGAUGACCAACCCAUUGAUCUAAAUACCAAACUUGUCUACCAGAAGAGCGGGUUUGCUCCUUUACUGGGCAACCUGGUCUCUGAGGUGUCUUUCGAGUCAUCUAUUUUCAACCUCAGUGCUAAUACAGGUAUUUAUCCGAAGGAUUUCUUGAUGCAUGUUAGUGCCGCAACUGCCUCUGUGUUUCAGGAAUUGAAUUCCAAGCUUGAUGGAUCCACUAGCCUGACCACAAAAAGUGGACUGAAACUAGCCUCUUCUUUGUCUAUGGAGAAUGCUCACAUUGAGGGUAAUCAUAACAGCACCAUGACUCUGGAAGACAACUUUGCGGCUGUAUUGUCUGUGGACACAGUUGCUAAGAUUCAUACAACAAGUUUCACUGUUUAUGCCACUCAUCAACUUUCUGCUGACACCAAGGCCCAUCCAAAGGCAGAAUCAAACUUGACAAUCAAGUACACCUUUGUUCAACAAGACUCAAAGACUGCUGGACAUGGAGAUGCUAAGAAUACCUUGAAGCUGGAUGCAACUCUUUCCUAUAUCACCAUUGAGUCUGUAAGCCAAAUCACCACAAAUUCUACGUUCCCUUAUGCUUUUGGUGUCACAGUUAAGGGAACGCUAGAUAAUGAAGCUAACGUCUAUAUGAAAGUUGAUGGCCUGAAAUCCAAUUCGAAGACCACUGGAAAUGGAUCCAUUGAUUUUAGUGUAGCCAAGUUGUGGUUUGAUAUUAAUGAGCUGCUGAUCGUGGAGGGAGACCUUGAUCGUAUGUAUUCUUUGCUAGAAAUUGAUUCAAACUAUAUGCUUGCUGCGGGUCUAGAAGUUGACUUUGCAUUAAACCACACUGCUCGUGGUAAAACUCAUAUUAUUCCCCUGAGUACCCUCAUGGCUGCUGUAGACAUACUCUUGAAUCAGCCAAGUUAUAGAGAUUUUGAUGUAAGAAAUAAAGAAUCAACUAUUUUAAGAGACAGGCUUGCAUACAAAACAGAGACUUUCUCUCGUUGGUUCAAUUCACGUACAGCAAUAUCAGCACAGGUAUUUAAUGAUUUUCCUCAUGCAACGGCUGUGUAUGAGUGCUCUUACAAUCUCACUUCUCCAUCUUUGCUUCUGGAGUAUCAGGGUGGCGUGCAUCUGUCUCCUGUUUACCACAAUUAAUUAUUGUUGAAUACAAGAAAAGGUAUUGAACUAAACAUUGGUCUUUACUGUAUGCUUGCUUACUUUAGACCUCAUAAUCACAGACCAGCAGAGCCAGAGUCAUUUUAAAAGUCAUUCUCAAUCACAAUGACGGAAUCAUGUUAGUCAUUCUUAUGCUAAGGAUGAGGAUGAGGAUGAUUAAAGCCCUAAAAUAUUGCUUGUCCCAAUCAACAAUAAAUGGAUCCAAUUCUUUUACUUUACAUAUAGGCCUACUCAGCUCUUGUUUUACUUCACUGAAAAAAAUCUACAUUAAAUUCUAUUUUUGAAAAUGUUUUGCAUUUUGUGAUGUUCAUUGUACACACACACACACACACACACACUUACACACACAUGUUCGUUUUUGUGAAAAGUGUGGACUCUCCAUAGGCGUAAUGGUUGUUAUACUGUACUUACUGUAUGUGCUAUUGUCCUACACCAACCCUACACCUAAACCUACCCCUUACAGGAGACUGUGCAUUUCAACUUUCCCCAAAAAAACCUCACUCUGUGUGAUUUAUAAGCGUUUUGAAAAGUGGGGACAUGGGGUAAUGUCCUGAAAAGUCACCUUCACCUUGUAAUACCUGACAUACCUUUGUCAUUAUACACAUCUAUGUCCUGACUUUUCACAAAAACGCGCACACACUUA